AUGGAUGAGUCGUCAUUCGAGAAGAUAUCAAGAGCCGCUAAUGCAAAGAAAGCGUGGGAGAUUUUGCAAAAUUCAUUCAAAGGCGUGGACAAAGUAAAGAAGGUGCGGUUGCAAACUCUAAGAGGUGAGUUCGAAUCUCUCUCCAUGAAAGAGUCCGAAUUAAUAUCGGAUUAUUUUUCAAGAGUUUUAGUUGUUGUUAAUCAACUAAGAAGAAAUGGCGAGGUCAUGGGUGAUAGUCGUGUGAUUGAAAAAAUACUACGGUCACUUGUUCCUAAAUUCGACUAUAUCGUCGUUGCAAUCGAGGAGUCCAAAGACGUUGAAUCCAUGACCGUGGAUGAGCUCAUGGGAUCUCUUCAAGCCCAUGAAGAAAGAAUGAGAAAGAGAAAUAAAGAGGGAGCGGUAGAAGUUCUACAAGCUAAGCUUACUUUAAAAGACAAAGGAGAGAGCUCUAGUAAUAAUGCUAGAGGAAGAGGAUGUGGCUACUACGGCGGAAGAGAAAGAGGCAAGCAAAAUAACGAUGAUCAGAGAGGCCAGAGGUCAAGCUCCACAAGAGGUCGUGGUAGAGGAAAUAAUUCAUGGCGCAACAAUAAUAGGCCAAGGUAUGACAAAUCUCAAGUCGAAUGCUAUAAUUUUCAUAAGCUUGGUCAUUAUGCUUCGGACUGUCGAUCUUCUUCAAAUAAUGUCGAGGAGAGAGCAAACUACGCUAGUAAAGAAAAUCAAGAAGACCAGACCUUGUUGGUGGCAUGCAAAGGAGGUGACUAUGAUGAAAACUGUACAUGGGUGCUUGAUACGGGAGCAAGCAACCAUAUGUGCGGCACGAAGGAAAAAUUCGUGGAGCUUGAUGAAUCAGUUUCCGGCAAUGUGACGUUUGGAAAUGGAGCGAAAACUCCGGUGAGUGGUCUUGGCAAAAUUUUGAUUCGAUUAAAAAAUGGAAGCCAUCAAUUUAUUUCUAAUGUUAUUAUGUCCCUAACGUAA